AUGCCAAACUUGUUAGCCACAGCUUCCCAAGUCGCAAAUUCGCUCUCAAAUCUAAAAGCCAAAUAUAUCAAAUAUUUGGAAAGUUUGUGCAACUCGAAUGGCAUUGAUAUUUCCACGCUGAAAAAUGAGGGAACCUCACAUUUUCUGCUGGAAAUGUAUUUUGGCGGAUUGCCAGUUUUGGUGGGCUUGAAAUAUUUUUCGAAUUUGAAAUGUUUGCGAUUAUUUGGACAACAAAUCAUUUGCUUGAAACCGCUGGGUGAAAUUGCACCAACUUUGGAGGAAUUGUGGAUUUGUGAGGGAGUGGUGAAGGUGAGCUGUAGAUUUUCGGGAACCUUGAGAAAUUUGGAGAAUUUUGAUAGUACAUAAAUAUGACGUGGUUUGGGGGCGAAAAUUUGGAGUACUGUAAAUUUUGAAUUUGUGGGGGAAAUCAUUUAAUUUUGUUAGCUGAAAAUAGCUGAAUUUAAAAAAAGUUAACGUGAACCACGUCAAAAAAUGUGGCAUCCAAAUCAUUUCUGCAAAAUUGUUAUUUUGAAAAUAAUUUGAACAAAAAGUAAGUUAACAAAAUUCGACCCGGGUUACUGUAGCUAGAUUUUAGCGCUAGAAUUUUUACUGUAUUUCAAGGAUUACUGUAGGGUAAUUUUGAACGCAAGUUGCCAAACAUUUAGGGUUUACUGUAGAUCAAAUCUUCAAAUUGUAGAUUACUGUACCUCUGAAUUCAAUUUUCCAUUCAGGACCUAACUGGAAUCGAAAACUGCAUUCGACUCAAAAAACUAUAUCUCUAUGAAAAUUCGAUUGAAGAUGCUUAUCAAAUUCAAAAUCUCAUUUGCCUACAAGUUUUGGAUAUUUCUGAAAAUCGCCUGAAAAAUCUGCAAUUUUUGCGGAACUUGAAGGAUUUGACCAAUUUUUCAGCGGCUGGAAAUAAAAUGAGAGAUUCUGGUGAGAAAAAAUCAUGAAAGAAAAUGUUGUGAAUCUGAAAUUAAUUUCAGUAAUAAUCACAGUUGCCUGGCCGGAAAAUAUUCAACAUUUGGACAUUUCGGAUAACUCAUUUUCAUCUUGCAAAUCACUUUUUGGUCUCACAAUUCUGCAUUCUUUGCGAAGUUUACAUUUGAAUUUGGCGUUUUCGAAUAUUUCGAUGAACUUAUUUUUUUCUUGGAUUUCGCACAGUUUUCGAUUUUUGGAAUCGAUUGAUGAUGAUAGAUUGGCUGAAUGUUUUGCUGUUAAUUAUAGAGUGAGUUAUGGGGUACUGUAGGAGAAUCUGGAUUACUGUAGAACAUUUUUCACAAUUUUUUAUUCAAAAAAAAAACGAAAAACAACAGUUGGAGACAAUUAAAUAAGUUUCUGAAAUCACCCAAAAUCAAAAUUUAGCUGCCUUCAAAUAGAAAUAUCAAAAACUGUAUCUUCUAAUGAAUUAAUUGCUUCGGGAACUGUAUAAAUUGAAUAUAUUUUGAUCAACAUUAUAAACUUUCGCAAACUUUUUUGAUGUGAAAUAGCCAAGUUGAUAUAACUUAUAAGUUUGACAAAUCUUGAAGGACCAUCUCUUUUUCCAUAUUCAAUCGAACAAUAAUUCAAUAAUAUUUUUGAAAAAUUUUGACGAUUUUCCCAAAUAAUGUUUCUUGCUUCUUCUGAUAAAUCGAAAAUUGGAUCACAAAUUGCUAUAGCUUUUAGCAAACUAUAUUCAAUAUCGGUGAUUUUCUGUUGAACUAAAAAUCCCAUAAUAUUUUGAGACGAAUUUAUAAGCUUCUUAAGGAAAGGCUCAUUUUUUCUAAAAAAAAAAAUAAAUUCAAAAAAGUUUGGAAAAUUAGAAACUCACUCUAUAUUCUUGUUUGUUUUUGAAUUGAAGAUUUUACAUCUGGAAAAUCUAUUAUUUGAGAAGAAAAACAACUAUUUAAAAAUCUCACGUAUUUUUUGAAUCAACAUAAUAUCCAUCUGGAGAUUUGAAACAAUCCGAUUUAUUUUGAAAUGAUGUAAAUGCAAUCAUCAUCGAUUGUAUAAUUAUUGUAACAUGUUUUGCUAGAAUAGUUUUAUCAUGAAAUUUCAAAAAUCGGAAAAAUUCGAAAGUUUUCAAAUAUUCAAUCGAUAAUAAAAUGUCAAAUUUCAUCCAAAGUUUUCUGAAAAAAAUAUCAAAAUAAAUUUUUGAGAUUUCCGAAAACUCACGUCGUUAUUGACUUAUCUGCAAUUAUUUGAUCUUGCAAUUUCGAAAAAGCCUCAUUCAGUUUUAGUUGUUGUCCUCUAAAUUCUUCCAAUGUUAACGGCCAACCUGGCAUUGGCUGAAAAUAAUUUUUUAAAAAUUAAACGGUAAUAUUCAUCGUACCUUUGAUUUUUGUGCCCAGUGAAGAAUACUUGGAGCAUCUAAAAGUUGCUCGAAUGUUGGGAAUAUUAUUAGAUUAUAAGUUGAAUUUCGAAGUUUCAAAAGUUGAGAAUCGAGAUAGGAUAAGUUGCAAAUAAUAUUCUUACAAUGAUUUGAAAAUUGAAUAAGGAUUCGUGAAUUUUCAGGAUCUUCUUUAUUUUCCGAUCCUUGGGGAUGGUUUUUAGAAGCCAUUUAAUGAAUGACAAUUUUAAUUUUUUUUUUUUGAUUUUUGAAUCUUAAGAAAAAAAAUAAAUAAAAAAGUGUGAUAGGAUAAUUUUUCUUGAGGGAAUUAUUUAAAUGAAGUCAUAAGAUUGGAUGAUCUGGAUUUGGCUGGAAUUUAGAAAAAAUAUUCUUUUCACUACAAAAAUUUUGAAUUUCUGUUACACUUGGUGGUAAAAAUUUUGCAAUAUUUUUUCCGAACAAAAAUCCAUAAGUAAAAGCAAGAAACUACGAGAUCCAUAAACUUUUUCGGUUUUUCAGCCCAUGAUUGACACAAUUUUCGCCGAUAAAAUUUCUCGAAUCGCAAAAAUCAAUGAGAAAAUCACAAAAGAUUUGCGACUCGCUGAAAAACAUUCGACAAAAAUUGAGAAUCGAUUAGCUUGUUUGGCAGAAGCAUUGGCUGUUUUUCGAGAUUCGAUGCAGACAAAAGAUGCGAAAAAAGAGAUUGUGAAAAGGGUUCAGGAAAUAUGUUCGAAUAAUUCGAAAGCUGUCAAGAGUGUUAAAAGUGAGUUAGAAUAAGUACACAUUUUGAAACAACUUAUUGAUUUUUUUGAGUUUUCAUGAUUUCACUGAAGCUGAAAUUCAAUAUUUCUUCACCUUGCAGCCCGAUUACUGUAGUCUUUCUGAACCUGAACUGUAUUUAUCUUGCAGGAACCUCAACUCACAUAAAAUAUAUCCCCAACGUCAUCUUCAAUUUUCCAGAAAACUACAACACCCUUUGUGAAUUCUACCGUAGUUUGGCCAAAUACCGUAUCGCUUGUGAAAUGGAAUCUUGUCAAACUUUUGAACUUCGAGAUGCGACUGAAGAUGAGAUUUUGGUAUUCACACAAACUUUGAAUUAUAAUUGCUCGAUGAAAAAUUGUUAUGAGGUGAGUGAGGUUUUUUUCAUAAUUUUCAAGUUUCACCAAAUUCUUCUUCCAGAUAAAUAUAAAAUCUUGCUCAAUUGUGAAUGAGAUUUCGAAACCUGAAACUGAAAAAUUGUUUAUUUUGGAGAAAGAUGCGAAUGAUCAACUCUUCGAAAAUCGAUCGAUUUUUCAACUUCUCGACAGAUUUUCCCGCGCAAAUUAUAUGUUUUCGAAUAAUUCGGUGAAAAUUAUCAGGGAUUUCGAGAUACUCAAAAAACAAUCAAAAGAUAAAACUAUGGUUUAUUUUUUGCCGCUAGUUUUAUCAAAAAUGUCAAAAGGAGGUGAAGAUGGAAUCGGAAAUUCGAAUGAAAUUGGAUGGAAGGAUAUUAAAUUGUGCGCGAUUUUGGCGGUUGAGAUUCAUCCGGUUGGACAAUUGACGACGGAUCAAUUGAGGUGGGCAAUUUUUAGGGAAAAAUUGGGAUUUGAAGUGACAUGUGGAUUUGAAGUUUUUAAAUUUUGUUAA